AUGAAAGCGUUAUGUAUAAGACCUCAUCGCCGUCGCGUCUGCCUUCAGUUCCACCGACGAGAACUUCUUAUCCCUCACCUACUUCUACUCAUAACUUGUCUCCGAACAAUUUCACCCCAUCCCAAAUCCCCCUUAUACAUAAACCCUAAUACAAGACCACUCAAUUUCAACCUACAGUUAAUUUUCCCUUGCAUUCUUGUGCAAGCGCAGUGUGUUUAUCAUCACCAUCGGCAUCACCAAUCACCACAAAGCUGGGGACGUGAGCUCGAUUGUUGGGCUAUCAAAGCCUGGAGCUCGUUAGCCAAGCUCGACCAUGGCGAAAACAUAAAGGUAAGAGAAAAUGAAAAUCUUCCACCUCCUCGAGUCUACAAUAUAUCCCUGAAUAAGGAUCUAUUGGGCCUGGUCGACGUAUACUUGAACCAAAUGCGGGCCCUUAAACUCGCGCUACCACCCCUCACAUCCACGGCGAACAAAGUCCGGGUGACGCUUGUUCUACAGAAAAACGAAAUCAAGGCCCUCCAGAAUUCACUGUCGGCUCGUUACUCAGCCCUACCCCACCUAUUGUGGGCCUGCCUGACACAAGCCGUGGGGUCGUCAAUGACGACAAGCUCGAAUACUUUGGGUUCCCCGUCGACAGUCGCAGCCGCCUGGAGCUGCCCCUCCUGGCUCCUUAUUGCGAACAAGAUGAAUAAGAAGGAGGAGCUGCUAAGAGAUGCAGAUGAGUGGCUGGUGAAGUACUGGCCACUGAUCGGAAAACGAGCUUUUGGGUUUUCGGGAUCGCUAAGAUUCGAUUUGUAUGAUGGUGCGGAUUUUUGGCUGGGGAAGCCCGCGAAGUACGAGGCUGUGUUGAUUGAUGGGGACAGGUCGAUGACGCUCUGUAAAUCGAGGGAUUUUAAAGGGGGUUUGGAGAUUGAACGGGGUAGAAUAUACUUGCAUGGAUACAAGGGAAACCCGACAAGUUCUAAUCAAGUGGAUCCCGAUUAUCUGGUGUCGAGCCGAAAGCUUGAGAAGUGGUACAAAAAUGUCGAUGAAGGGUUUGUUUUUUUUGGCGACACUGCACAAACUAUUGCCAGAGGGAUUGAUUUUUGCUUCGAAGAUAUUCGAUCCUUGUUCUACACCGAGUUUUACAUGAAAUCUAGAAAUGGUGAUUUUCGAGGAAGAAGAGAAAAGGGGCAUAUCUCGGAUAUAUUUUGUUUAUCCCAGAAUUUUCGUACUUAUACAGGAGUACUUAGGUUAGCCCACAGUGUCAUAGAUACUAUUUGCCAUUUUUUCCCGCUGUCGAUUGAUGUAUUACCUCCAGAGACGAGCCUUAUAUAUGGCGAGUCUCCUGUAGUACUCGAGCCAAGAAGCGAUGAGAACUUAAUUAUGACUAUUUUUGGACAUAGCGCAAAUGCUGGUCGAAAAUGGGUCGGUUUUGGUGCUGACCAA